GGUCGAUAUAAGUAAGUUAUAAAUUCAAGGGCAGCGGGCAGCGGGCAGAAGCAAACGCCAUUGGAGAAUGAAUCAAUGAUAGCUCGAGGAAGACUUCCAAAAUUAUCAGGGGGACAGAGCAAAUACAGAGGGUCUGUGUCAAUCUCGAAUCCGCCUGCUUCCCUCUCGACAACCCAUAGAAGAUUCAUCAAAGUUUAUAUGAUUCAAAUCUUUGUGAAGGGGUUGGCAGGCAGGUUUUAUAGCUCCUGGAAUUCUACGUACAAAUUUGGAUAACCUUUUCUGUAAAUAAUUAUUAUUAUAUCAAAGAAGAAGAAGAAAAGCUGUGAUCUUUUCCGUUUACGGUGGAAAUUUGUGAUUCUUUGCUUGAUGGGUUAUCUUGUUGAUUCACAAAAGAAGGGUGGUGGUUCCCCAUGGAGUGCUUGUUUGAGGAGCUUGGUGAGGAGGAAACAGGUUGAUUCUGUUCAUGCUAGGGCUGGGGUUGGUCACCAAUUGGCCAGGGAGUUGUCUGUUCUUCACCUAAUUGCUAUUGGCGUUGGCUCUACAAUUGGGGCUGGAGUUUAUAUUCUUGUUGGAACAGUUGCUAGAGAGCAUUCUGGACCAGCUCUUGCCAUUUCUUUUCUAAUAGCUGGAAUCGCUGCUGCGCUUUCGGCCUUUUGUUAUGCUGAACUCGCAAGCCGUUGCCCAUCUGCCGGGAGUGCGUAUCACUAUUCCUACAUUUGUGUUGGAGAGGGUGUUGCUUGGCUGAUUGGUUGGGCUCUUAUAUUGGAAUAUACAAUUGGUGGUUCUGCAGUUGCUCGUGGCAUAUCUCCAAAUCUGGCAUUUCUGUUUGGAGGUGAAGAUAGUUUGCCCGCUUUUCUCGCUCGUCAACAUAUUCCUGGGUUUGAUAUUGUGGUUGAUCCAUGUGCUGCAAUUCUAGUUUUUGUUGUCACUGGACUCCUCUGUGUGGGAAUUAAGGAGAGCACAUUUGCACAAGGAGUUGUCACCACAUUAAAUGUGUGUGCUAUGAUUUUCGUUAUAAUAGCUGGUGGCUAUCUUGGGUUCAAGACUGGGUGGGCUGGAUAUGAACUCCCUACUGGGUACUUUCCCUUUGGAGUAGAUGGGAUGCUUGCUGGGUCUGCGACAGUUUUCUUUGCAUACAUUGGUUUCGAUUCUGUUGCCAGCACUGCUGAGGAGGUGAAGAAUCCUCAAAAGGAUUUGCCACUGGGUAUAGGACUUUCACUGUCUAUUUGUUGUACAUUAUACAUGUUGGUCUCCAUUGUCAUUGUCGGUUUGGUCCCAUAUUAUUCAAUGGAUCCUGACACACCCAUAUCCUCUGCAUUUGCACACCACGGGAUGCAAUGGGCAGCGUAUAUAAUUACUGCAGGAGCUGUUACUGCCCUCUGCUCUACUUUAAUGGGUUCAAUUCUUCCUCAGCCUAGAAUCCUGAUGGCAAUGGCUCGAGAUGGAUUACUUCCCUCGUUCUUUUCAGAUGUCAAUAAACACACACAAGUUCCAGUCAAGGGCACACUGGUGACGGGUUUUGUUGCUGCGGUCUUGGCAUUUUUUAUGGAUGUUUCACAGUUGGCAGGGAUGGUCAGUGUGGGUACACUCCUUGCAUUUACUAUGGUAGCGAUUUCUGUAUUAAUACUCAGAUAUGUUCCUCCAGAUGAGGUGCCACUUCCAUCCUCGUUGCAGGAGUCAAUUGAUUCGGUGUCAUUGCGAUACAGUAAAAGUUCUCAGGAAAUUAAUGUGGGAAAACCUGUAGUUUAUGUUGGGACUUCCAAGGACAGUACCCUACCUUUACUAGGCAGAAAGGAAUCGGCAAUUGACCAUCCCGUCUCUGAGAAACAAGAAGCUCAAGGCAUCCUAAAUGAAGAGAAGAGGCGAAAAAUUGCUGGUUGGACUAUAAUGUUAACUUGUAUAGGGGUGUUUCUCCUUACCUACUCGGCUUCAAGUUUGGGCCUUCCAGGGCUUCUUCGUUUCACAUUGUGUGGAGUCGGUGCUGCUCUUCUUCUCUCUGGAUUGAUUGUUCUCACCGUUGUAGAUCAAGAUGAUGCAAGGCAUAGCUUUGGUCAUUCAGGAGGUUUCAUCUGCCCUUUUGUUCCACUUCUACCUAUUGCUUGCAUCCUGAUCAAUGUCUACCUACUAAUUAAUCUUGGAGCUGCGACCUGGACCCGAGUUUCCGUAUGGCUAGUAAUGGGGGUACUAGUUUAUGCAUUUUACGGCCGAACGCACAGCUCACUGCUGGAUGCAGUUUAUGUGACUGCAGCACAGGCUGAUGAAAUUUACCGCAACUCUGGAGGCUCCUUAGCCUAGUUGAACACACAAAACUCUUCAGCCGUUGCCUUAGGGUGCUGAAUUAUCUGCCAUCAGAAAAAGAAUCCUCUGUUGUUGUAUGAUUGUGAUCCUCCUUUCCCUUUAUGAAUCUCCUCAUCAGUUAUGUCUUGAUGUAUUAUAAUUUUUCAUCAUCGUGUUGUAUUUUUAGGGUAUUAUGUUAAGUUAGUGUAAAAUCGCGCUUCGAAAUGUAAAUAGUUCAUGAAUUGCAAGACAUGGUUGUUCUCCCAUUGCACUGUAAAUAAAAUGUUUCAAUGGCUAUAAUGCCAUAAACUGCAGACUUCUCUGUUUUUUGCAGCCUCUGUUGUUUCUAAUGCAGAUUUGUUACUUAUAUA